AAUAGAAAGUCUGCAAAACGACGCGAUACAUUCCGCGCCAUAAUUAUUAAUUAUUCCGUUUUGACAGUUGACGCUUUACGUUAUUUUAUAGCGCGUCCAAACCUCCAAAUUCAGUAUGGGCUCUUAUCGAGUAUACACCUCCUUUACUAUCUUUAGCGAUUCCCAAAUAACACUAUCCUUGUCCUACAAGGCAACGUUGUCAAUUGUAAAUUGUCAUUUCAUCAGUCGUCUGUCCCCUGCCACAAUUAUAUUGCUCUUGUUUUUCUCCGUAAUUUCUUAAAUUCUCGUACCGCAUUUAUUAAAAAAUCGUUCUUUUCAGAACGCAUAAAUCAUUUACAUUUUACAAGCGUUUUUAAGAGUAAUUGUGAUUGACAAUGCUUCCUAUCACAGCAGAAAGGUUGAGCAGAUUCCAACAAUGUCAUGGCGAAAAGAACACAUUAUGAACUGGCUUAUGGAGAAAGAAGUGCCCAUCAAGGACAACAUGUUGAAACGAGAUUUACUUGCUGCAGUAGCUGAAGUGAAACCUCGAUACGACAAGCACAAACUUGAUGUUACAGCACAAGAAAGAGGUCAUGAGAUUCUUCGUUUGCCACCAUAUCAUUGCGAAUUAAAUCCCAUUGAAAUGGUAAAGAACAUACAAGAGUUAAUCAAACUUGGUUAUGAAAAAGUCACGAUUGAAAACUGGCAACAUUAUAUAAAUCACUUAAAGAGCAUUGAAAACAACAUGUGGAUAGCAGAUAAUCUUCAAGACGAUAUUCAAGCUUUUGUAAUUAACGUUACGGAAUCUUCUUCAGAUGAUGAUCCAGAAUACGAGUCCAGUGACAACUGAUGAACAGAUAUAAUA